CACCCAUAGUUACAACUCAGCCUUGAGUAAUUGAGUCCGUACUCAGAUUUACUCUCUUCUCGUAAAAUAUGCCCAAAGCGAACAAUAUCAACAACCACUCCAUCGACUAUACACCAUCACCACUGCAACGCCCAAACCAAAACACGAUCAACCGACCACCUCAACACCAGAAGAACCCUCAUUGGACACAUCCCCAUCACCAAGACCAAAUCCAUCUGCACCGUAUCAUAUUAAAUCACCCUCCUCCAAGUAGUACUAGUAGUAACUUUUUAUCUUCCACCCCGACCGACCGACCUACAUACCUACAUGCAUAUGCACAACAAACCCCCCAACCCAACACCGGAAGACUAACCUACCUACCACCAUCCGCCAACCCAUAAACCACACCCACAAUUUACAGAGUACAGAUAGGAGAAUACUAUGUACAGUACGGAGUCCAGACGGAGUAAUCUCCCUCCUCCAUCUACUGGUCUUACACACCUUCCUCAAAUGACCAUCUGCAGAACACACCUAAAUCCCCUUUAUCACUGGCCCUGAUAGGCCAACUACCCCAGAUAAAAUCAGACCAGACCCCCAUCCACACACGACCCAACCCAAUUUCAAGCAAAGUAAGUAAGUAAGUAAGUAAGCAAGCAAGUAAGUUUUCUUCGGUAUGCACUCUGCACAAGCAACAUGCAGUCCGGUUUUCCGUUGGGCAUGAAUCUGGUGGCGUGGGUGCAUGAUUUCCUCCGUGGCGAUUGGUGGGUUGUCCGGUCACUACCUAUCGUAUACUAGUA